AUGGCGGUAGUCGUACCAGGGCCGCCCGCUCUGUCAGCAGAGCUGGCCCUCUUCCACACCACCGACCCGCUGCUGGGCAACUCCCCCGUGCUCGUCUUCCACGGCCCUGCCUCCACCAUCGGCGCGACCAGCUCGCGCAUACAGGUCCACGUCUUCACACCGGCGGGCAUAGGAUCCUAUUCGCGACUGAGUGUUUCCCCCAACUCGCCAUUCUACUCGGCUGUCAGCAACCUGCCACGAGAGGAGCAGGGCGAUGAGAUCUGCCGCGGUUUGGCUUUUGGCUUGAAGAAGUACUUCUCGGAGCUACCCCAAGGUGUACGGAACACAUGGACACAACACGUCAAGACGCCCUCGCCUGGCGCGUUGUUUGGGGACGAUCACAUCGCGAUUCUGGCGACGCGCAUGGCACGCAUAGAGAACAUCGAUGACGUCGUGGGAGAUAUUGCAGAGGCCUUUUGCGAGCAGCGCCUUUCGUGGACGGAUGUUGACGUUGUCCUUCCGCCUGGUGCGAUCCGGGACUGUCCACUCUCCCCUGGCUCCGAAGACGUCGACGAUGAACAAUCGUUGAAGCAGCACUACGGUCCAUAUGCAGGGCUAAUCGCAAGCUUCGGCGACGUUGCCUUCUUGCCAACAUCGCGAAUGAGACGGGCUCCUUCCAAAGCUACAGCGAUCGGCAGAAGUGCAUCUUUCGCCAGACAUCAGAAAGAGAAUGUGCGCAAAGAAAUGAGCGAGCUGUUGGCCACCGAGGAGAGCUAUGUGGGUCGUCUGGGGGAGUUGCAGGGACUGUCCGGCAGUAUUGGCGCGGAUUUGAAGGAAAAGUACCAGGAGCAGCUCGAAGAGGUGUUCUCCCCGGCUAUUGAGCAGAUUCUGGACAUCAAUCGCAACUUCCUGGGGGACCUUCGCAGCGUGAUCCAGAGUACCGAAGCUGCAGCUGAGGAAGACAUUGAAGCUUCAGAAGACGUCGACACCACCACCGUUGGCAGUCCCGAACCUACAUCCGAUUUGCAGGGCGUUAUCGCACUUGCCAAAUCGCUGUGCGAGUGGUUUCCGAGGUUUGCAGAUGGCUACAAAGAGUAUCUCGGCGCUCACGCAGAAGCCUCGCAGACGCUGCGAACGCUCCUGAGAAAUGGCGACUCACUAGCCGUAGAGCUACAGGAGGUCAGCGAACAAAAAAUGACCUCGCUGUUGAUCGAGCCAGUCCAGAGACUCCCUCGGUACAACCUCUACAUUGAUAGCAUUUCCAAGCAGCUUCCUGCAAGACAUCCGGCGCUGAAGCCACUGCUCAAAGCUCGAGACAUCAUUACAGAUAUUUGCGCGGAGAAUCAAGACUCAGAGGCGAGCGCUGUUGUUGAGCGUCUUCGAUCGCGAACGCUCGGAUGGCCGACAGACAUCAGUGUGACAGGCCGCUUGAUCACCGCCGCAGAUUAUGUCGAGCUCAUGCCACCAUUGAGUCUUGAGGGCUGUGAUGCUGCCCGUGGCAUCCUCCUGGUAUUUACCGACGGAAUUAUUCUUGUGGAGAAGACUGGCAGCUGCAAGACAACAGCUCGAAGCUUGCUUACUGAACUCGAGAGUGGAUCAUUACCCACUCGCUCUGUUGAGAGCCUCUCGGAUACAGCUGGCGACCUUCAAUUCAUCCGUCGCCUCCAGCUAGACGCAGUCCAGUGCACCGAGAGUCACGAUGGCCAGGCACUGCAGAUACUCACCUUUUUCGAGAUGGCCAUGGGCGCUAUCGCGGCACGAGAGCCUAUUCUUGAUUCUUGUCAAAGUUUUCGGCUGGAGAACGUUUAUGACGGGAGAGCGUCUCGGCUAGUGGAGGAAAUUUCGAAAGCUCGCAUCGAGAGUCGGUUUUCGGAGGCAGAGCGAGAGUCAACCAUAUGGGAAUUUCGGGCAACAGAUCCAGCUUCGGACAGCCUUGGUCUGUUCUGUGCCAUCUUCGACGACACAGAACAGAACUAUAAGGCGUCGCGCAAUGGCCAUGCAGAGGUACGCAUUCUAGUGGACCCUGAGCGGCAUCCCGAAAACCCACUAGUUGGUCAAGAUGGGCUGCGAACUAUUGUCAGCGUUGAACCUGGCCGAGAUGGAAACUGGCGAGUCUCUUUGAACACGGUGGACGGACACAUUGGCCGCGAACAUGUCGAGACUGAAGAUCUGGUGCCAGCGGUAAGGAGGAAGCUUGCUACACUAGCUGGCACUCGCCUUGCCAUGGAGAAACCAUCAAUGACGGCAUGCAUGCUCGAAAGGAACUUGGAAAUCCUCCAAUCGAUCGGACUCCAAGUGGCUCCCAAAGAAGGCGACGACGGCAUCCCACAGCUGAACGCGCGCGAGCGCCUUCAUCGGCCAAAGUCGCCGAAGAAGCUGCUGUCCAGCUUCCUCUCCAGCGUUGGUCCAGGAGCUGAGCCCCCCAACGUUCUCAGAAAAGAGUCGCGCGAACUCAUGGCGUUUUCAACGCAGAGCUCUCUGUCACGACUUCCCACGACAGCUCCCGGCAAGCCCUCAAGCCGAGAGUCGCGACCGGAUUCGGUGGAUGCCGCGUCGACCUCGUUCUCUUCAGUGUCCUCUGAGCCCCUCGCUGCUCCCAUUAAGAAGUUGGAAGAAACUUUUGCGGCUUACAUCCUGGCCUUACAAGCCCGCAAGGGCAAUAUCGUAGGCAAGAACCUCAAGAUGCGGCUCACCGCUGAUGAGGCUCUGGUGAAUGAGGUCUAUAAUGGACUGAUCGAGGAUCCCAAUAUGAUGGUCCUCGCGGCACAAGCCCCGCUGGAUGUCUUGUUCGCCUCUUUUGAGAAAUUCCUCAAUGAGGCUUGGAAAGACAACAUUGGCCAGAUUCUGCCGUUGAAUGUCUUACAGGACAUUUCCCUGAAAGCCGAGAGCCUCUUCCCGCGAGACUUUGACGAGUACUUCAAAGCCGCUCUUGGUAGACUCGCACCCCAAAAUCAGCGUGCUUUUCGUUCCAUCAUCAGGCUGCUAGCAGAGCUUCUGGACGGGACAGGCAAUGACGGCGACCGCGGUACCUUGACUGCAUGUUUUGCUGAGGUCCUGAUCACGGCGACGAAUCCUCACGAUUACAUUGCGCUUUUGGAUCGCUUCGUGGACGACACCGACACCUACUUUGGAGAGCCUGUAGAGGAGACCCGUCACGCUGCCGGAUCCAUCAAUACUCAUAAGCGGGCGAGGUCUGUCAACUCAUCCUCUUUGACCAGCAACACCUCGUCUCUGCGUCGAAAGUUUGGCUUUAGCACUCUGUCUCGUGAGAAUAGUAAAUCUGAACAGGAGUCGAAAGUCGCGUCUGUUUGGCGCACUCUCAGCAAGACCAGCAGGACCGAUGCUAGUCCUCAUGGUAGUAUCUCGAGGGCCACGCUCGGUCGCUCGCAGUCAAUCGAUGAUGGGCGUCAUCUCGGUACUCGCCCUUUGUCGCAAGACAGCACUAAGGCCCGUGAGCACCAGUUCACGGAGACGCCGUCUAUGCCAGCACUUGGCCGACCUCCUUCGAGCCAUAACCUGAGCCUGUCAACCAUUGGCGAACACCCAAGUUUUAUACCAACUGGUCCUCCCAGAAAGAAACGGCGUAGCUCGCUGUCUGAUCUGAGGUCACUCGAAACGACACCCAAACGAGAGCCUUUGAGUGCACAGUCACCAGGUCGACCACCUCUGCUCCAUAGCAAGACGGAGGAGAAGGAGCUGCCCAGAUCGCCUCCAACAUCCACGCCCACAACCAAGUCGACCAGCGCCAAGUACGGUACUCCCCAGGCAUCUCCACGGUCUAGAUUACCCUCCUCCUUCCGCCGCGAUAUGUCGCCAGGGCCAAGCAGAGCCAUUUCGCCUGGGCCGAACAGAAGCCUGGCAAACAGCGAGCUUCCACGACCAAAGACCAGUGGCGGACUUGUAGAAGAAGUAGUCAUUACCACCAGACCUACUUCUAACAUUCCGAGCUUGGUUCCGAGGGCUAGCUCUCCAACCAAAGCUCCCUCGACUCCAGGUCGAACAGGCCUCUCUGAAAGGCCUGGCGCCGGCAACAUCGUCAAGAAGCUAUCUCCUCAGGCUGACAAGAUUACACGGCGCCGAAGCAAGACAGACUCAGUAGCCAACCCUCUGGCGCCACCACCACUGACGCCACACCGGAAGCUACGCAUGCAGUCGCCGCAGAAGUUACGUGAGCGCCUGCAGAACGAGCAGAGUUCGAUUACAGCGGCGUCGAACGCGCUGCAGGAUGAGCUGAGCAAGAUAGGAGAUGAGCUCACAUCUACUUCCAGUCUUCGCAGUCCGAUGCGUGGCAGUAGAACGGUGGCGGCACGUAACACCUUCUCGCCGCCGAGCAGUAUGGACCUUGCACAGCGCGUUCUUAAGAUGGAGGGACAGCUGCCGAAGCAGGUCGAAGAGCUCAACGCGAGAAUCAAUACGAUCCAAUCAGACCUCUCUACGUCUCUCAAUGUCUCUGAGACGAAGUGCAAGAAGCUGGACGAGCUGUAUCGCGAAGCCAAUGCGGAGAACGAGGCCCUGUACGCUCGCUUCAACGACGAACUGAGUCGCGUCAUGAAGGCUGUCCGAGGAGGGGAGGGUGUUGAGGAAAUGAAGAAGAAGCUAAGGGAGAGUCAGGAAGAGGCGGCGAAGCUUCGUCGGGAGACGAAUCGAUUGAAGCGGGAGAACGUUGGGUUACGAGCGCAACUGAAGGAGUAA